AUGGAGGCUCAGAGCUUUAGUGCCCAGAGCCCAGAUUACCUGAGCCUCAGAGGAGACCCAGCAGCUUAUCUUCCUGUAGGACAGCCCCAAUUCAUCUCUGUGAUCUUCUUUUUCCCCAGAAACCUGGGUGGAAAUCUCAUCACGCAGAUCCAGAACGGCACGUUCCAGGCGUGGCAUGGGAUGCAGUUUUUACAGAAGCUGAUCCUAAGCCGUAACCCCCUCUCCGUUAUUGCUGACACAUCAUUCUUCGAACUGCCUUCAGUCAAAUAUCUAGACCUGGGUGCAACACAAGUGACUCAGCAGACGUUGCUCAUGCUCCUCCUGACAACAGUCCGCUUGGAAACGCUCAAACUGCCCAGUGAUAUGGCCUGCUGCCUCUGCCAGGAGAAACACACCACCGAAACCCCGUGCAGGACCAUCAAGUUCCACUGCGAGAACCUGUGCACUACCAGUGCUCCCCACUGCGCUCACACGGAUCCUCUGGCAGAGACACAAGGAGAAAUAAUGGAAGCGGUACAAUCCAGAAAACUGAAUGCCAGCACAGUGUUGAACCUCAAGCCCAAGAAGCCUUCACUCGGAGACCAUGAAACCGUAACGCUUGCGGUCGUCCUGAGCCUGACAGGCACUGAUGGUGACCUUAGGAACCCAAACGAUCACAUUUCCAGAACAAAUUCAUAUUCCCCUCGGCACCUAUCCAGGCAGGAAGGCAAAACCAGUAAGGAGCUGAUGCUGAUGCUGCACAGCAUUCAGCACAUGGGCUGGACCAGUGAAGCUGAUAUAAGGAAACUCUAUUUUCUAGCAAAGGUGCUAGUGGCCGAGCUCAAGAAUAAGCUGCACAAGGCUAAAAGCAUCGUGACUGUGAAAAACACCGUCUCACCCCUGCCGACACCUGCCAUGCAGAAGGACGAGGUGCACGAGAUCCCAGCAGCGGAGGGAGAGACAACCACGGGCUGGAUGCAAAAGCAGCGUGACUUAGGUUUGAACCGGGCAGCAUUAAAUCUCUGGGAAGCAGCCAGCAGGUUAAAGCCCACUGACAACAUCUCUGUCUUCAGACAUCACAAAAUAUCCACACCUCCUUCAAAACAUUCCCUUUCGCGCUCCCCAGCAGAGGCUCCUCAUUCGUCUGGGUCUUUUAAGAUUCAAAAUUAUUCCGAUGCUGUUGAACAGACCAAAAAAACUCAUGGGAUGGAGGACGUGGAGGAUGUAGAAGAUGCAGAGGAAGCACCAUCUCCAAGGCAGGACUAUGUUUGGGCUUACAAAAAGCACAAGCAGGGGGACAGCCCGUAUCUGAAUAAAAGUAAUCAGCUUUUCUACAAGACGUUUGGCAAUGUGAAUCCAGAGGAAGAGCCCACACCAACAGAAAGUAAAGCAGAGCAGAGACUAAAUACAAACCAGCAUUUUUUCUGUAACCUGUUGGUUAACAGCCCCCCCGCUGCAAGCAGCAUGCUAGAGGACAUGGCUGAAGAAGAGGGUUCCUCGCUAGGUGGGCAUUUACCAGCUGUCCCUCAAACCGCAGAAACACACGGGAAGCAACAAAAGGAAGGAUCCGCUUUCCUCAAUAAACCAGGUAGCUCCGACAGCCCAGAUGGCGCGUCGGUUCAAGGAGACCUCUUUGAAACCAAGGUCAAUCGUCGCCUACGCUUGCUCGUCCCAGACAAAGCCCUGCGGAUGUUCAUCGCCCACGUGGCGCGAGCCCUGAGGACGGACUGCCGCCUGCCCGAGGUCCAGCUGGCCUGUGCAAAGAUGGUCUCGAAGACGGGCCUGCUCAUAAAGCUGCUCAGCGAGAGGCAAGAUGACCAGAGAGCCUCUGCUCUCGUGGGCGAGUGUCUCCUGGAAGGGAAUGUUUCCAAUGGCACAGCCCAGGCCAAGGAGGCAGGCAAGAAACCCGCAGGGAAGCGGAAACCACAGUACACCUCCGGCGACAGGCUCCUGUUAGCGAUAUCGGUGUCUGUCAUCAUCAUGAUUAAUCUCACGGUGAUUUGUCUCGUCGAGGUUUGCUCCCAAAAACCUGCAGCCGCUUCCCAACCCCAAAGCACCAGUAAAUCACGCCCGAGAUGGUUAUUUCAAAAACUCCUGCCACGGGGAUGGAGCAAGAACAAGUACAAUGUUAGAGAGCAGGGCUCACGCGUAUCGGAUCUCGGCAAAACCAAACCGCAGUGGCUUAGAGACCUGUACCAACCCCUCGAUUCCCAGCAUAAAAAAUCCAUGGCUGAGCUGUACGAUGAAGAGACCUCAGACGAGGAGGAGAUUUUCAACAAGUCCGAGCUCAACUGGAUGCCCGCAGCACCCCAGAAAAGCUGCGACAGCGGGGAAACACAAUUAUCCAGAGACCUGAUGCCUCUGCCGUGUAGCUCCGGUGCACCCCAAGAACCGGAGCAGCGGUCCUGCUCCGUGGAGGAGGACGCUACGGGCGGCCACACGCUUGGGAUACCCCAAAGCUCAUCCCAGCGGGAAGGGAACAGGAAGGCUACGAGGGACGGGGAGCCCUCGUAGGGCUCCGGCAGCAGCGGCCCAGGCUGGGUGCAGCGCCGGGUGCCAAGAGCCGCAGCCUCGCUCCAC